AUGAGCGGACAGGUGGGUGACCUGAGCCCAGUUCAGGAGAAGGUGUUAACCCAGUUCCGGGAGAACAUUCGGGAUGUGCUGCCUGCCCUGCCCAACACCGAUGACACCUUCCUCCUGCGCUGGCUCCGAGCUCGGGGCUUCAACCUGGACAAAGCUGAGGACAUGCUGAGGAAGCACGUGGUGUUCCGCAAACAACAAGAUCUGGACAACAUCCUGGAGUGGCAGCCUCCUCAAGUGCUGCGGCUCUACACCUCCAGCAGCCUCUGUGGCCAUGACCGCGAAGGCAGCCCGGUGUGGCUGCACCUCAUCAGAGGCCUGGACCUCAAGGGCCUGCUCCUGUCCGUGACCAAGCAGCAGCUGCUCCGAGACAAAUUCCGCAACUGCGAGCUGCUGCUGCGGGAGUGUGCGCAGCAGAGUCAGAAGCUGGGAAAGAAGGUGGAGAGAGUCACUACUGUGUUUGAUCUGGAAGGGCUGGGCCUGAGACACCUAUGGAAGCCCGGCGUGGAGUUUGCUCAAGAGUUUUUCUCUGCACUCGAGGCCAAUUAUCCUGAAAUUUUGAAGCAUAUCAUUGUUGUGAGAGCCCCCAAGCUGUUUCCGGUGGCCUUCAACCUGAUCAAGCCCUACAUGAGAGAGGAGACCCGCCAGAAGGUGGUGAUUCUGGGAGACAACUGGAAGCAGGAACUACACAGGUUCAUCAGCCCCGACCAGCUGCCCAUGGAGUUUGGGGGAACCAUGACUGACCCUGACGGCAACCCCAAGUGCCUGACCAAGAUCAACUAUGGGGGCGAGGUGCCCCAGAGCUACCACAGGCGCAAUCAGGAAAGGCUGCAGUAUGAGCACUCAGUGUCUGUGGGACGUGGCUCCUCCCAGCAGGUGGAGAAUGAGAUCCUGUUUCCGGGCUGUGUACUGAGGUGGCAGUUUGCCUCGGAUGGUGGGGACAUCGGUUUUGGGAUCUUCCUGAAGACCAAGUUGGGGGAGCGGCAGCGGGCAGGGGAGAUGACGGAGGUGCUGGCCAGCCAGCGCUACAAUGCCCACCUGGUGCCUGAGGACGGGAGCCUCACCUGCAACGAGGCAGGCGUGUACGUGCUGAGGUUCGACAACACCUUCAGCCUGCUUCACUCUAAGCACGUCAGCUACACCGUGGAGGUGCUGCUCCCAGACCACACCCUCAUGGAGAAGAUGGAAAGAUUCUAG